AUGUUGAUUUGUGGAAUCAAAGGAUGGGAUGGUUUAGGACUAGUUUCUUAUUGUUUAGUAAUUUAUUAUCAGAAUGUAAAAUCUUAUAAUGCUGAUAUGAUUAAAGCUUUAUCUAACCGUAUUGGUGAUGUGGCAUUAUUAUUAUCUAUUGCUUGGAUACUAGGAUAUGCUAUAACUAAAAAAACUCAGAUUCCUUUUUCUUCUUGGCUUCCGGCGGCUAUAGCUGCUCCUACACCUGUUUCUGUUUUGGUUCAUUCAUCUACUUUAGUUACGGCUGGGGUAUAUUUGCUUAUUCGAUUUGGUAUAAUUUGAAAUGUAUUCAUUGAAUGAUUUUAUAUUAUUUAUUGGUUGCUUGACUAUAUUUAUGUCUGGUUUAGGUGCUAAUUUUGAAUUUGAUUUGAAGAAGAUUAUUGCCUUGUAUACUUUAAGUCAAUUGGGUCUAAUAAUAAGAACUAUUGGGUUAGGUUAUUAUGAUUUGGCUUUUUUUCAUUUAUGAACUCAUGCACUAUUUAAAGCCUUAUUAUUUAUAUGUGCGGGCGUUAUUAUCCAUGGGAUAAAUGAUCUUCUUUCAUGAAACAAUAUAAGAGUAUAUGUUUAAAACGUAUUUAAAAAAAUGUAAAACUGUUUCACUUCAUUAUAAAGAUAAUUUAUGAGUAUAUCUAGAUUUAAAAAUGAGUUUUAUUAAGGAGUAAAAUUUGAGUAUUGUGUGUAAACAGUUCAGAUAUGUUAUGUAUUAA